UAGAUGUUAAACACUUUGCUGUGUAGAUCUAGUGGCUUUAAACGAUAAAUGUGUAUUUUAGUCAGUGUAAACUAUUUCUUUUGUAUUUGUUGAUGGGAGAGUUUAUUUCGUGGUGUUUCGUCAUGUUCUACCCGGCUCACUUGUAUCAUACGGUGUGUUUCGGAACUGUAUGUCAAGUGUUACCUGUCCAACAUGCGAUGAAUGUCUCCAGCAUACAGUGACAGAGGAUCCUGGGACAAUGGACGUCUCAGCUGUCAACGUCUUGAAACGGAUCUCUAAACGACAGCCCUUUAAUUUUAUUGCCGUCAAUUUGCUGGCCUGAUCUUACAGUGCAAGUAGUCUUUCAAGAUAUACACAGAGGGAGGUUUUCUGGUUCGGAAAUAAACGUUGUUAUAGAACUAGUGAAAUUAUUACAGACUCGUGACAUGAUAUUUAAUCCCUAAAAAGAACUGUUUUGUGUUAGUAUAUGUGAAAAGUUUUUAAUCGGAAUUUAAUAUCUUAGAAGGGAUUGAUUUUUGUGUGUGAGGAGCUUGGUCAGUCGUUUUAUGGCCAUCUAGCUUGAAUAUGGAUCAUAUUAUAAUGAACUGAUUUGGAAUGAGAAACGCUUCCAAAUUUUGUAAGGAUAUCAUGAAUGUGAUUCAUCUUACAUUUCUUUCAAGGAAUUAAUGUUUGUGUGAAAACACUGCCAACUGUUGAAGGGCCAUCAUGGAUAUGGGCCAUCUGUACCACGACGCCUACUUCAGCAGCAUGGCCAUCGAGCUGGCCGUCAAGGAGAGGCUGAAGACGAGGGAGGUCAACGCUAGGGAGGAGAGGCACUUCGAGCACGUGAGUCAGAGCUUCGACAAGGCCAAGGCCAUAUGUGAGAGGAACCGGACGUUUGAGCGAUGGAGAGUUGGUCAAUCUCUGAGGACGAUCAGCGAGAGGACACCAGACCUGGACAGAAGUCUGGCCAUCGAACGGGCCAGGGUGGAGAGAGCCAUCAUGGAGGGGCGUGGUCAAAGACCUGUGGAGGACUUACACUCUAUACACAGGUCAAAAGGCCAAAGAAAGAAACGAGCCAGGCAGUUGGAGAAACUGGAGGAAGACGUCAAGCCACUCAACACAGACCUACAGAGGAAUCUCCACAAGGCAACAGACUUCACCAAACGCAGUGAACACGCGGUUAAAGCCCUGGCCAGGCUAAGUUUCCGACAAGAGAUGAGACGUCUGGAACACGAGAGGUUCAAGCAGGAUCUCCUCGCCUUCAGCAAGCCCCUGAUCGAGAGGGCGCGGGUCGUCCUCAAAGGUCGCGAUGACCUGGACGUGGACCAGUUCCUGGAAGAGUUCCAGAAUUACGUCCACGGCGACCCCCACGGCAGUGUUGCGGUCAGUCGCACAGCGCCAGGGAGUGAUGUGUCUCUGGACUCUGUCACCGCCGUGUCAGCUGUCAUGACACCAGCAGAAACGGUUCUAGCAACUAGUGAAGAUACACCGUCUGACGCUUCUUUAGUACAACCUCAAGUUUUAAACAAAGACACGCCAGACCAAGACAGCAACUUAGAAUUUAAAAUAACGUCGGAUAUGAAUGAAUCAUGUGAUUUUAGUACCGAAACAAAUUUUAAUCAUUCCAAACGUAACGAAAUUAUAAACAGAAGCCGUAUGGCGGUGAAUGAAAAAGUUGUACAGUUACCUGUGAUAGAAAGUUCGAACACCCAGGUCAAGCAGAAUGGGGUGGUAGGACUAACCAAUGGGCAGGCUGAUACGACGAGUUUAAAAACCACAACCCACAGAAAGAACAGUCGUGUGAAUAGCGUACCAUACUCUCCGCCGGCUAGUCUGUCGAAAGUCAUUCUAGAAGAAGACGAUUCGCCUCUGCCGAGAGAGACGAGCUACGCGGAGAAGACUGACUGUGGCGAACAUCCCAACCCUGAUGACCAGAGGAUGACAGCUGCAGUUGGCUUGCCGCAGCUGUGGAAGCAGGCCAACAGGCGUAAGUCUACGGCUUACAGGAUGCUGAGACUCAGGCGGAAACGAAGAAAUUAAUUAGAGCUUAAGUUUAAGACGGCGAGCUAUCUAAUUUAAUCAUCACAAAAAGUUGUCAACGGAUUUUCUUCUUCGCCAUAGAAGCAAUAUCUUUUAAUAUUCUGGUGAUGGUAACUAAAGAAUAGGACUUAGUUUGUAGCUUUAUGUCUAGGGUUACCUCCCCUGCAAUAUUAAUCAUACGAAAGUUCAACGAUUAAGUCCCUUGCAUCUAGAACCAUUUUGAAAUUUCACGGUUAUGUCCCAUGCAUCGUUAAAUUAUGAAAAUUCUUCCAUCCUCUUCAAACUACGCAAAAAGAAGGAAAUAAAAUUUCCACUUAAUUGUGAAAAAUGUACUGUUAUGAAACUUAUAUGGGCCUAAAUAUAUAUACAAUGUAUCUCCCGUGAUGCCUGGCAACU